UUCUGGGAUACCGCUGCCAGCACUUCGCAGGGAGACGCGUUUCUGUAGCGUUUUUCUAAAGCAGAAUUAUCUUCGGGAGAACUGAAGUGUGAACUCUUAAAGGUGUUACUGUUGGAUCGAGGAAGUAGGGAGGGACGCGUUUGUUUUUUUCUUUCGUCUCGUCCUCAAAGUGAUGAGGUAUGAAGGUGUUAGUUGGCUGGACCUUUAAAGUGCUGGAUCCAGUUUCCUCCCAGUCCUCCUGACCCGUCGCCUGCCGGAGCUGAGAGAGAGAAAUAGAGACCUACUGGAUCAGAGAGAGAGCCCUAGUACCACAGAGAGGAACGUCAGAGAAUCGUAGAUCGUUAGAGGAUCCUCAUGUCUUUACGACCAGAUCUUUCUUAACGUAACCCGCUGUACAUGGGCAAGGAUCUACUUUCUUAACGUAACCCGCUGUACAUGGGCAAGGAUCUACUUUCUUAACAUAACCCGCUGUACAUGGGCAUGGAUCUACUUUCUUAACAUAACCCGUUGUACAUGGGCAAGGAUCUACUUUCUUAACAUAACCCGCUGUACAUGGGCAAGGAUCUACUUUCUUAACAUAACCCGCUGUACAUGGGCAAGGAUCUACUUUCUUAACAUAACCCGCUGUACAUGGGCAAGGAUCUACUUUCUUAACAUAACCCGCUGUACAUGGGCAAGGAUCUACUUUCUUAACAUAACCCGCUGUACAUGGGCAAGGAUCUACUUUCUUGGUCCUCCACUGAAAGCCAAACAACACCUAAGCGGAUGAAUAUUUUUAUGAGGCACCUCCUUGUAGCAGAGAUGGGCCAGGACCAAACCAAGCAGCAGGUAGAGAAAGGCUUAAAGCUGUACCAGGCCAAUCAGACUGACAAAGCCCUGCAUGUCUGGACCAAGGUGCUGGAGAAGACCUCAGACCCCGGGGGGAAGUUCAGAGUGCUGGGCUGUCUCAUCACCGCCCACUCGGAGAUGGGAAAGUAUAAAGAGAUGCUCAAGUAUGCCUUGGCCCAGAUAGACACAGCCAGGGAGAUGGAGGACCCAGACUACCUGACUGAGGGCUACCUUAACCUGGCUCGGAGCAACGAGAAGCUGUGUGACUUCCAGAAGACUGUGUCCUACUGUAAGACCUGCCUCAACAUGCAGGGAACCACUGUCAGUCUGCAACUUAACGGACAGGUGUGUCUGAGCAUGGGCAAUGCGUUCCUGGGCGUCAGUGUGUUCCAGAAGGCUCUAGAGAGCUAUGAGAAGGCCCUGCGCUACGCCCACAACAACGAUGACAAGAUGCUGGAGUCUAGAGUCUGCUGCAGCCUGGGGAACUUCUACAUCCAGCUCAAGGACUAUGAGAAAGCCCUGUUCUUCCCGUGUAAAGCGGCUGAGCUGGUGAAUGACUACGGUAAAGGCUGGAGUCUAAAGUACAGGGCCAUGAGCCAGUAUCACAUGUCUGUAGCCUACAGGAAACUGGACCGUCUGCCUGACGCCAUGGAGUGCUGUGAGGAGUCCAUGAAGAUAGCCCUGCAGCACGGGGACCGACCUCUCCAGGCACUGUGCUUACUGAACUUCGCCGAUAUCCACCGCUGCCGGCAUGACGUUGAUAAAGCAUUGCCUCGUUAUGAGUCCUCCAUGUGUAUAAUGACAGAGAUUGGGAACCGUCUUGGCCAGACCCAGGUGUACCUGGGGGUAGGGAAGUGUUGGCUCCAGCAGAAAGAACUGGACAAGGCUCUUGAUGCGCUGCAGCGAGCUCAGGAGUUGUCUGAGGCUUUAGGAACCAAGCUGUGUAGUCUAAAGGUGCACUGUCUCAGUGAGGGGAUCUACCGCAGUAAGGAGAGUCAGGAGGAGCUAAGGGAGCAGGUUGUGAAGUUCCUGCAGUGUGUGGAGGAGCUGGAGCUGUACUGUGGAAUGUGUGGCGAGUCCAUAGGAGAGAAGAACCAACAGCUGCAGGCCCUGCCCUGCUCUCACAUCUUCCACCUGCAGUGUCUACAGAACAACGGUUCCAAGGGCUGCCCCAAAUGUCGUCGGUCCUCCAUGAAGCCUGGGUUUGUGUGAGGUUACGAGGCACAGUGCCCGGGACUUGAGGACACUAUGUGAUAACACUCUGUGAAGCUCCGACCUCAGUCACAUAGGAGAGCCAGACUGCACUUCUGAAUGGGCAGACUGCUGAACACACAUCUGAAUGUCCGAACUAAACUGAACACAUAUCUGAAUGUCUGAACUAAACUGAACACACAUCUGAACACAUAUCUGAAUGUCCGAACUAAUUUGAACACACAUCUGAAUGUCUGAACUAAUCUGAACACACAUCUGAAUGUCUGAACUAAUCUGAACACACAUCUGAAUGUCUGAACUAAACUGAAUGUCUGAACUAAACUGAACACAUCUGAAUGUCUGAACUGAUCUGAACACACAUCUGAAUGUCUGAACUAAUCUGAACACACAUCUGAAUGUCCGAACUAAUCUGAAUGUCUGAACUAAACUGAACACAUCUGAAUGUCUGAACUGAUCUGAACACACAUCUGAAUGUCUGAACUAAUCUGAACACACAUCUGAACUAAUCUGAACACACAUCUGAAUGUCCGAACUAAACUGAACACAUAUCUGAAUGUCUGAACUAAUCUGAACACACAUCUGAAUGUCCGAACUAAACUGAACACAUAUCUGAAUGUCUGAACUAAUCUGAACACACAUCUGAAUGUCUGAACUAAUCUGAACACACAUCUGAAUGUCUGAACUAAUCUGAACACACAUCUGAAUGUCCGAACUAAUCUGAACACACAUCUGAAUGUCUGAACGAAUCUGAACACACAUCUGAAUGUCUGAACUAAACUGAACACAUAUCUGAAUGUCCGAACUAAACUGAACACACAUCUGAACACAUAUCGGAAUGUCCGAACUAAACUGAACACACAUCUGAAUGUCUGAACUAAUCUGAACACAUAUCUGAAUGUCCGAACUAAACUGAACACAUAUCUGAAUGUCCGAACUAAUCUGAACACACAUCUGAAUGUCUGCACUAAACUGAACACACAUCUGAAUGUCUGAACUAAUCUGAACACACAUCUGAAUGUCUGAACUAAACUGAACACACAUCUGAAUGUCUGAACUAAACUGAACACACAUCUGAAUGUCUGAACUAAUCUGAACACACAUCUGAACACACAUCUGAAUGUCCGAACUAAACUGAACACACAUCUGAAUGUCCGAACUAAACUGAACACACGUCUGAACUAAACUGAACACACAUCUGAAUGUCUGAACUAAACUGAACACACAUCUGAAUGUCUGAACUAAACUGAACACACAUCUGAAUGUCUGAACUAAACUGAACACACAUCUGAAUGUCUGAACUAAACACACAUCUAAAUGUCUGAACUAAACUGAACACAUAUCUAAAUGUCUGAACUAAACUGAACACACAUCUGAAUGUCUGAACUAAACUGAACACACAUCUGAAUGUCUGAACUAAACUGAACACACAUCUGAAUGUCUGAACUAAACUGAACACACAUCUGAAUGUCUGAACUAAACUGAACACACAUCUGAAUGUCUGAACUAAACUGAACACACAUCUGAAUGUCCGAACUAAACUGAACACACAUCUGAAUGUCUGAACUAAACUGAACACAUAUCUAAAUGUCUGAACUAAACACAUAUCUAAAUGUCUGAACUAAUCUGAACACACAUCUGAAUGUCUGAACUAAACUGAACACACAUCUGAAUGUCUGAACUAAACUGAACACACAUCUGAAUGUCUGAACUAAACUGAACACAUAUCUGAACACAUAUCGGAAUGUCCGAACUAAUCUGAACACACAUCUGAAUGUCUGAACUAAACUGAACACACAUCUGAAUGUCUGAACUAAACUGAACACACAUCUGAAUGUCUGAACUAAACUGAACACACAUCUGAAUGUCUGAACUAAACUGAACACACAUCGGAUACAGUUUGUUGCCUGGCUGCUGUGUUCAGAGGAUGUGCCACAGAAACGGAACCAGCCCAUUACCUCGCCCCCGGGCUACUUGCUACCGAGGAACAGCUGGCUGGUAGACAAGACUCACAAUCCCAGUGUGAGGACAGCCAGGACUGUAGUUCAAGACACAGAGUUCAAAGGUCACCACUCCUCCGGUUUUUGUACAGUAAGUAUGUCUCCUUAGCUGACACAGAUAAGGAGGAUACAGUGAUAGAUUUAUUACACUGUUGUACAUGAUUUACUGUUUUUUUUUUUUGUCAGAGGGUGAUGAGGAAGAAAUCCAAUAUACUUCUUAGUUUUGUGGACGUCUGUUUAAGAUAAAUCUGACAGUUUAGCAUAAUGUUCACUUUACUUUGGUUAGGGUAUGCUGGAAGAUUCAUUGCAAGCAUGUAAUUGGAAAUGACGUGAAACAUUAUUGUUUGGGAUAAAGUGAAAUCACUAGGAUUUUGGCCACACGUUAUAUUAUUCAAAUUGAACAAAAAUUGUAUUUGAAAUAUACCCAUCGAAAGGCAAA